CUCAAAAGAAUCUCAUGCAGUGACAAAAGCAAGAAGCCAAGCGUUCCUCUUUAUAUAACACCCAAACUCUCUAGUUCAGAGAAAGCAAAGCAAAGAAAAGAAUUAAUAUUCAAGAGAAAUAUUUAUUUAUAAGUACUUUGAGGUUUUCACUUUUCAUAGCCACGGCUCAGCUCGCACAGCAACUCAAGGAGGAGUUCUUUUACGUUGUUAGCAGUGUUAAGAGUUUCAGCUUCAUGUCUUACACUAUGGGAAAACAAGAUUCGGAAGUUAUUGCAGAAAAAAAUGAAGUUGGAACUCUGCAGAUUAACACGGCAAGAGAAUUUGUUUUAGGAGCAUCUGGUGUUGCUACAAAUGAAAUCAAUUACGAUAAAUGCACUCCUGAAACUAAUGAGACUGAAGUCAUUGCAGAAAAAAAUGUUGAAACUCCACAGAUUAACACAGCAAAAAAAUUUGUUUUAGGAGCAUCUGGUGUUGCUACAAAUGAAAAUCCCAGUUACGAUAAAUGCACUCCUAAAACUAAUGAAAUUGAAGUCAUUGCAGAAAAGAAUGUUGAAACUCUGGAGAUUAACAUGGCAAGAGAAUUUGUUUUAGGAGCAUCUGGUGUUGCUACAAAUGAAAAUCUCAAUUACGAUAAAUGCACUCCUAAAAUUAAUGAAACUGAAGUCAUUACAGAAAAGAAUGUUGAAACUCUACAGAUUAACAUGGCAAGAGAAUUUGUUUUAGGAGCAUCUGGUGUUGCUACAAAUGAAAAUCCCAGUUACGAUAAAUGCACUCCUAAAACUAAUGAGACUGAAGUCAUUACAGAAAAAAAUGGUGAAACUCUGCAGAUUAACACAGCAAGAGAAUUUGUUUUAGGAGUAUCUGGUGUUGCUACAAAUGAAAAUCCCAGUUACGAUCCAAAUACUCCUAAAAUUAGCGAGAUUGAAGUCAUUGUAGAAAAGAAUGUUGAAACUCUGGAGAUUAACACGGCAAGAGAAUUUGUUUUAGGAGCAUCUGGUGUUGCUACAAAUGAAAAUCCCAGUUACGAUCCAAAUACUCCUAAAAUUAGCGAAACUGAAGUCUUUGCAGAAAAGAAGGUUGGAACUCUGCAGAUUAACAUGGCAACAAAUUUUGUUUUAAAAGCAUCUAAAUCUGAUGAUGAUCAUGUAUGUAAAACGCCCAGUGGGGGUGACCAUGGUCCUGGCACCGACGUGAUUUCCAACUCAACUUGAAGAUGACAAGUUUAAUGUUGUUCCCGUCUAUAUAUUUUCUUCGUUAUUUUCUGUGUGUUAAUGUUGUUGUCAUAUAUAUAUAUAUAUAUAUAUGUACCACGCAUUGCUGGCUCUUGGUUGUGAUUUGUCUUUUAUUAGGUGUGUGAUAUAUAAUAUUGAUUAAGGGCUUGUACUCAUAAAUAUUGAUUAAGGGCUUGUGUAAUAUAUAGUAUUGAAGAUGACAAAUUUAAUGUUGUUCUCGUCUA